AUGCUAAGAGGCCGCUUCUGCCGCUCCUGCGCUAAACCGCUCGGCCGACCAGAAAACGAGAGUAGCGGCUUCGUCGACGGCCACGCAACGGGUUAUUGUCGACGUUGUAGCGUGGUUCUUUUAUCGCGCGUCACUGUCUGCGGCGCACGGUCGCGACGAACGCGCGGACAACGGAAGCGUACACGGGAAACCAUCCCCCCCUCCCCCUUUGGUGAUUCAACCCGCGAACGGAUGCAGUGU